AUGUCGAGUCACGGCGAUGGCGGUUCACCAACUAUGUCUUCCAUCUUUCGUCGUAUACCAUCGGUUCGUGAGCGAGCUCGACGAGGAAGCCUCGGGCAGGUUUCGGGAGGAGCCGCCAUUCAUGAUGCCGUAGCAAAGGGCAAGAUCCAUCUUGCCAAGUUUAUUCUAGAUGCUGUCGAGGGUCAGAGUGUUGUCAACUCGCGGGACUUGCAUGGGAAAACCCCUCUCAUCAGAGCCAUGAAGGUCGACGAUGGCCAGACGCGAUUAAAGGUCGUCCACCUUUUAAUUCAGCAUGGAGCCAAUGUAAAUCAUCGGGAUAACAUGGGUAGGACUGCACUCUGCUAUGCAGCCGAAUUACACUACAAUGACGUGAUUAAAGUUUUGGUGAAAAACAACGUGGAUCCGAACAUAGACGACAACAAUGGGAAUACUCCAUUAAUGUAUUGCAGCAUGGUCGGAAAUGCGACGGGGAUAUUGAUUCUCACAAGAUCGUUUCGAAGAUUAGGCCUCGACGUAGAUAAGCUGAAUGCUGAGGGGAUGAGUGCAUUGAUGACGGCCGCCAAAAUUGGCGAUAUGGAGUGCGUGAAGCUGCUUGCCCACGAGGGUAAGGCAUCAUUAGAUCAAAGAGACCAAAUUAAGAACAUGACUGCCGCGGAAUGGGCUCGUGAAGGGGGUUGUUCUACUCCAGAAAUGGAGGCCUUUUUGCCUAAAAUCCGUCGCCAGUCGAAACCGGCAGACUCGAGCCCAACGAAACAGGAUGCUGAUCCCCGGUCAAACUUGCAAAAGAACGAAAGCAUGGAAUCAAAUAGCUCCAGUGCUGAUGGAUACAGUCCACGUGGUAAUAAUAGCAAGGAUAGUUCAAGUGAGGAACUCUCUCCAAGACAGUAUUGCUCGAAGGGAACAAUAGCCGUACCUACCCCGCCCACCUACCGGAAGAAUCCUCAGCCGCACAUGGACGCUUUGUCACGUCGUUUUCACGCCUUACAUCCGGUCAAGAACAUCAAUGAUAUCCCUGGUGUAAGGAAACACAUCAUCGAGAUGAAACGAGCAAGCUUACCAGAAGUUACAAACCCUGAAGCACUUCACUACCAUUACGAAGAAGAUGCUGUCAAUCUCGACCAGGAUUCCGACAACCGAUCGGGAACGAAUAACAUCUUCAUAAAGCGAACAAAACCAACGUCGGGGCCACGCCGCCCCCUAUCUGCCAUUAACCGCCACUCUAAUCAGAAACAGUCCAAGAGCUUUGAUGGGUUCACGUACGAACGAAGUUCCAAUUCCGAUGAGGAACUUAGCGUGCAGAAGAAAAUGGGUCAAUCUUUGUCAAAUCUCUACCUAGAAAAUCCAAACACCAAGAAUUUGCUUAACUUGUCAUUCUUGAGUCGAAGCACUGAAGCGCUGUCCCCGACGUGCUCUUCCCCCGAUCCUGCAUAUAUGCGACACAGUGUCAACAGUACAACACAUAUUAACGUGGACAUUGAGUCCAACAAGUCACGACCGAAAGAGCACAUGUUGAGGGUAGAUGUCCAUGGUAAAGGUGACCAGACACCACGCCUACCUCCUCUUUCUCCCAAGCGCGUUGUGACUGGACAGUAG